UGACUCGUGUAACGCGCGGGUGGAUCUAUUGGCUCAGUCCGCCAAUACCAUUCACAGUGCUUAGUCUAGCGUCUAGCGUUUGUUAGCAAAUUCGACGUGUGGAUUUAGGUUUUAGUCACUUCGGCACUGUGAAAGGGAAGAUGCCAACAAAAAGACCUUUGCGCCCGCACCGGCCGCCGCGCCCGCGCCGGUACUCUGAAGAGCCCUAAGUGCCCUAUUUCCAAAGUGCAUGGCAAAGUAAGAUCUUUCUCGAGAUCUCUUUUAUAUAGUUCAGAAUUCAAACAAACUUUUUUGAAGAGUAAGCAGAAUUGGUCUAUCAUUAUGACCCCACAGGACGACACUGCAGCUUAGUCAAGCAUAACAUAAACGCAAGCGUAGUGGAAGCGAAGGGCAACAGGUAUGGAACUCUGAGGGUUCAAUUGGUCCUGCAGUCGAAAACAGACGCACCGUUGUUCAUUAUACUUUGCCGCCAUGCUCAAAAAUGUCGCACAUCAAAGUGGUAAUCCACAAUCCGCGAUGGCGACCAUCAGUUUCGGUAGACGCGGUAAAACAACAAGUCGCUAUAUUCUACCGCUACAACCACAACAGUGAAUCUACAUACAAGAUCUCAGUGAGCGCGGUCACCGACACAAACUGCACGUCAACGUCAAAUGUCGUCGAUAAUUCUAAUGGAGAAUCCAAUGACUCUAAACCCGAUGGCGAAUAUGCUGAUGAUGAGGAGAUACAUGAAGAAGAAAAAACCACGAAGACCCAAGAGUAUACAAUAAUGAAUGAGGCACAGGACAAGAAAGACACACGAGCCUCGAUUAAGGCACAGGACAAGAAUGACGCACAAGACACUGAUGAAGCGACAGACAAGAAUGACGCACAAACCCACAAUGACGCGCUAGACACGAUUGAUGCACAGGAGGUGAAUGAGGCACAGAGCGCGAAGGACAACAAGCAGGAGUCGGGGCAUACCGAGAGUCUCAGAGCAGCAAGGGCAAUGCCAUCAUCGCGCGCUUUGCGCUAUGGUGAUUCCAAACCAAAGCACUGUGAGUAUUGUUGUCCUGGUACAGGCUGCCCCAAGGUGUUCUAUGCUUUGCCGCAACCCCGAGAUUUCAAACCUAUCGACGACGAAUCGAUAUUUACUCGGAGGAAAACAAAAAGAUCGUAUAGUAGACUAUUGCUGAAAAAAUAGCUAACUCGUAAUUAGUGAUAAAGUAGUUGCAAUUAUAAGGUUGUUUGUUAUUUUGAAAAACAAGUUUAUAUUCAAGUGUACCUAAACUAGGUAUCUAGGAAUAUACUCAAUAAGUAUAACUUUAGGACUACCUAGUGUUGGAUAAUGAAAAUUUCCAUUUUGAAAAAUUCAUAUUGUUCCCUUUUUUCCACAUUUCACAGUUGACACCAGUCAAAAGUUGACGAUUCUGAAUUAAUACAAGUUCGAACGUUGAAUUAGAACGUUGCUCAAUCAUUUUAUAUCUCGUCUUACUGUAACUUGUUUUUAACUAUACAUUUUUAUUUCAUAAUUAAUGCUAAAUGUCUCGUAGAGGACAUACGGACUUUAAAUUAAACUAUUUCACAGGUUUAAUUACUGGCUUAAAUGCAAUUUUGAAUUUUAGUAUAAUACGAGAACCGAGCAGAGCGAAGACCGAAAGUGAAUGAAAUUUAUGU